CCAUUUCAAUGGCUUCCAAUCCUUUUUCUGAUAACCAAAAUUACUACUACUCUGAUUACAUCCACCAACUUCCAGCUCCGAUCGCAUCCUCUGACAGCAGCAGCGGCAGCGGUGGCGGCAGCUCCUGCUCAGCCAGCUCCCCGGCAGGGAUAUAUGGCGGCGAAGUUCACGACUCAUUACCACCAAGCACCUUCUCCAACAACGUCAUGAUCAACCUCAGCAGCACCGGUUCCAGCAAUUCCAGUAUGGUCUUACCAUUUGAAUAUUUUUCUUCCGGAUAUAGUAAUAUUGUCGGAUCCUCCUCCACCACCUCGUCGUCAUUUCCCGGGACUCCGGCAGCUGCAUUGCCUGAUUCUUACCAAGGAAACCGAAUUUGGAUUAAUUCCGGGGAAGAAUAUUGCUCCACCGGCCCCUUCGAAUAUUCAUCCGACUUCUGGCAGCCACCACCGGUAGUUUAUCCCGCCAUUACCCCGGAGAAUAGGGAGAUUAAUGAAGGUGGGAAUACUGGUGGGAUGGCACAAAGGGUAGAAGAUAAUACGACACUAAAAAUAGCUUGCAGGUAUUCUCCUGAAGAAAGGAAAGACAGAAUCAUGCGUUAUUUGAAGAAACGAAACCAAAGGAAUUUCAACAAGACGAUUAAGUAUGCCUGCCGGAAAACCCUGGCUGACCGACGAGUUCGUAUCCGCGGAAGAUUUGCCAAGAAUGAAGUUAGCGACGAUGACCAAACGUCCUCAUCAUUCAAUCAGACGAGUAGUGAUCACGUUGAUCAUCACCUCCUUAUCAACCAUCUUGGUGAUCAAGAACAAUUAUGCCACACUAAUCACGAUUUAUCGUUCCUUCAGAUGAUACCGGCGCCAAGUGAGGAGGAAUGGCUGCAAGAAGCUAUCGCCAGCCUCGUCAACUAUAGUAGUGUAUUACCUGAUGGGCAAUAGUUUUCGACAACUAUAUUUAAAUGUUCAUUAUUUAUUUAACUAAUAAUUAUUAAUGUACUCAAUUAAAAAUUAAUGAUUAGGAUCCAUGUUAUACUAAUUUCUAGAUUAUUUGUUUUGUUUCUGCGUUUCCUUAGCUUUGUUAUUAUAACGUUAAUUUGUACAAGAUUGUUAAGAAAUAUCAAUCAAUUUCAUGCUCUUUUGGUUAGUUUUAAA